AUGACAAAUUCAUGAACAAAUUUCGAGAUGAGUAGAAAAUUUAGGUUAGAAGAAGAAAGGGCGAAACAUCUUCAAGAUGAAAUCCAAGAAGAAGAAGAUAAACUGAAAGCUCAAAAAGAAAGAAUAUUCGGUCCUAUAGUAUGGAAACGACUACCAUCCGGUAUCAAAAUAAUGGAUCUCCAAUCAGUGAACUAUAUACAAGCCGUUAAUAUAAUUAUGGAGUUUUUCGUGAAAAAAAACGUUAUUUUUCGAAACACUACGAGAUUUUUGGAAGACGAAGAUUCUGUUACAUCGUUCAGAGAUAAAUUGUUAAUUUCUAUGAUGGAUAGGAGUUCUAUAAUAGCUACUAAAGAGGAAGAAGAUCCUGAUAUAGAUGAAGAAAUCGUUGGUAUACUUCUGCUUAAGGCUGUCAAAAAAUGCGAUUAUGGAAGAGUCUUCAGUAGAGUUGCUUUGAAUUCUGGUAAACCCUAUGCCAGUAUUAUCAAAUUUCUAAAUGGAAUUAAUCGUAAAAUUGAUAUUUUUGAAGAAUUUCAAUGCGACAGUUAUCUCAGAUUCUAUCUGAUGUGUAUAAAACCCGAAUACAGAGGAAAACUCUUGGGGUAUCAAUUAAUGUCUACAGCCCUGAAUGUUGCUCGCCAUUUGAAAAUAUCCGUCAUGAUGGGUAUAUUUGACAGUUGGAAAUUACAGGAAUACGCUAAGAAAUUGGGAAUGCAAAAAUUUUUCGAAAUAUUAUAUAAGAAGUACCACGACGACGAGGAGGAAUUGAUAUUUUGCGACUUGGGAGCAGGAAAUUACACGUGUGCCUUGAUGGCCGGAACGAUUCCAAGUUUUCCACAACCUGAAAAAUUAGUGUUCAAAGUGGAAUCGGUAACGAAGCCGCGAACUAGGGCCGAAAAAAGGGAAAAAUAUAAAAAAAACCGAUAAUAAAUCGUAUUAUCUA